CACGGAGUCCUUGAUUCAUAGUGAGAGGCAGUGGACAACGUUCCUCCAAGGCAUGAUCUUUGUGCCUUCGGACCCGCAGGCAGAUCCGACACCGGCAGAGGCACAGAAGACCCACCUGGCCAACUUGAUGCCGGACAUGAUGAGAGGAAUCAUGUGGAAUAACACACUGCUGCAGGCACAUCUGCGCACGGAACGACUGCAAAGACAAAAGUACCAGCAAGACAUUGCUGUUUUAACAACUGCCAUCCGCGCCGAAGCAACACAGCAACAGCAACUGCAUCAGCAGUUGAACUCCGCUCUCGCGCGCAUCAACACCAUUGAGACUAACGCCUCAGCAGCGCCAAGCUGCACGAUAGACGAGACAAAGCAGCUCAAUGGGCGCAUCGAUCACGUCGUCAAACUCAUCGGCGACAUAGGUGUUUUCAAUGGACCGGACACGAUCUGUAGCACGGUGGCCACCAUCAAGACGGACAUCACCAAGCUGCAGACGAGACCGGACGACGCCACGAAGAAUUACAAGAUGCCGCACUUCGACAUCAGCAAGUUCGACUACUACAACAAGUCAGACGCCUUGACAUGGUGGCAAAGCUUCCUCACGGAAGCAUCAUGCCACACUGUCCCAGCCGAUGACAUGAUGAAGACACUGUACUUACAACUGAUUGGAGGAGCGGAGGCAUGGAUGAAUCAUCUGGCGGCUACAAAGAAAUGCACCAUCGCCGAACUCCACACGCACAUUCCGUGGAAGGAGUUCGAGAAGCUACGGCUCACCCGGUUCAUGGUUCGCAAUGUCGUAAAGGCAGCCAUGAACGAGGUGUACACCUGCUCUCAAGGUAGUAUGCCAACUCGAGACUGGACAACUAAGAGGCAGAAGAUAGUGACCACGCCAGGCUUCGAUUUGAGUUUUACCAAUCAACGAUCCGAGUUCUUCUCGCGAUCGUGCGCAGGACUGCGAUCGACACUUGGCAACGAGUACGAUUAUGAUUCAUUCCAGGCCAUUCUCGAUCGGGCGAACUUAGUCAUCCAAACGGAUGACAAGGCCGCAAACGAACGACAGUCCCAGCCGCAUUAUGUGGCUAAGCAUGACUAUCAACGACCGGCACAUAACAAUGCCGUGAUUUCUGAAGAAACAGUCGAUCUCCACGCUGCAGCAACAUCCUUGAGUGAUGGAGGAAUUGUAGCAGCUCUCUAGCCGAAGCGUCCCAAGAGAGU